UUUACAAUGAAAACAUGGCUGCUCGUGAUGGAAUUCACAUCGUAUUGGCAGGAGGAGGAGGAUGCGGCAAAAGCGCAACAGCUAACACACUUUGCGGGGAAAAUUAUUUCAAAUCAAAAUGUUCAACUUUUCCAGUGACGAAAUGCUUUCAGAGGAAAGUUGUUUUAAAUGCAGCAGAUCACACACAACUGGUCAUCGUGGAUAGUCCAGCCUUGUUUGACAUUUACGACGAUGAAAACAUUGUAUCUAAAGAGCUCGCGUUAUGUCUGGAUUUAGCUUACUCCAAAAUCGACAUUUUACUGGUGGUCGUACCACUGAAUGAGCGUUUUACAAGUAAGGAUAAAGAAUUAUUCGAGCAAAUUGAAAGCGUGUUUGGGAAUUCUAUUAGAAAAAAUAUAGUGGUUUGUUUUUCAUACGAAGACGAACUUAAAAAGAAAAACGUUAAUAUGAACAGCUAUUUAGAACGCUCUCCAGCUAUUCUUGUUGAUUUAGUUAAAAGAUAUGAUUACAGAUACUUACCAAUUGACAAUACUCAAAAUAGUGAUCAACAACGACAGAACAUGAUAGGAAUAUUAAUGAAACUGAUAAAAGAAUUCGAAUACUGUUCAUAUACAAUGAAAGAUAUGAUUAAAUGGAAAGAAAAGUUACAGAAAAAGAGACUCAAAAUUGAACAACAGUUUGAGGAUGAUGAAAGAACUAUCGCAAAGAAAUAUGAGCCCAUAAUAGAUGAUUUGAAAAAGAAAGAGAAAAAACAGAGAACAAUCGCAACCGAAAGACACGAUCAAUUCCCAAAAUCGAAAUUUGAUGGUCAUGGUUAUAAGGAUGAUUUGAGAAAGAAAGAGAAAAAACAGAGAACAAUCGCAACCGAAAGACACGAUCAAUUCCCAAAAUCGAAAUUUGAUGGUCAUGGUUAUAAGGGCGCUCACAUUGCAACGGAUAUUCAAACAACCGAUAAAAGUGCUGAAAUCAGUUCAACAGAUAACACAGAACAAACCAAAUCAGACGAUAAAGAGGAAAUAAGUACAGAAACAAAGAGUGAAUUCUGUACUAUUUGUGAAAUGAUAAAAGCAGUGACACACUCUUGCUAUUCGUGCAGUUCAUAUCUUUGUGAAGAUUGUGAAGUUUUUCACAGUAAGGCCGAAAUGUUCCGUCUCCACAAGACAAGAAGGAUCACCGGGAUGCACAGGACUUUCAUAUCUGUACUUGAGUAUUUAGAUCAAUGUGAUAUCCCACUUAGGUGCACAAGAAUGGAUCAUGGUAAAUCAAAAGCUAAAGUGAAGUUUUUUUGCUACGACUGUAAUCAGUACAUUUGCCGUAAAUGUGAAGAUAUCCAUACCAAAGUGCCUACACUCAAAAGUCAUUGUAUUGAUAAAGUUCACAGAAAGAGAAAAGUUCUGUGUGGACAAAAUCAUGAAACUAAAACAAAUGCAGAUAGUGUUUGCCAAACAUGUGGCUUCAUGAAUUUAUGUACGAGAUGUACAGAACAGCAUAGACAGACUUCUCAUAUAAUUGUUGAAAUCAAGACAGCUGAAAAGAUUUCUCAAGAAUUUUGUCAAAUGGAACAUGACAGUUUGACAGAUGCUUCACUUAUGUGUACCAACUGUGAUUCACUUAUGCUGUGUGGAAACUGUGCAGAUUUGCAUACGAAAAUUCCGGAGUGUAUAGAUCACAAGGUUAGAGAUAUUCCAGUCAAAUCAAAAGAACUGCUGCGACAUAAGACAAAAUUAUUAACCUCAGAUGACGACAGCACGUGUUUUUGCGCUAUUUGUGAAAAAAACAAAGUAGGAGAUCUUUUGUGCUAUAAUUGUGGAAUUCGGAUAUGUGAUGAGUGCAGUUUAUUGUAUACAGGUGGAAAAACAGAUCUUGACAAGCACACUUUUAUUUCAUUGGAAAACAUGUCUCUUGAAAUAGAAAGAGCGCAAUGGAUAGAUCAAGGAACAUCGAAGCGAAAACUUCUUAUUGCUGUAUUAAAGUUUGGAAUUAGCACAAUUGAACUUUCUUUAUCAUUCAGCAAAGAUGUCGUUACAAAUGCAAAAACAACAUCAGCUGCUUUUAAUUUAACAAAAAUAUUUCAAGACAAAUGCAGUUUACUCAUUUCAUUUGAUGAUACAUACAUAACUUUUGGAAGUGAUGCAGAAAAUAAGUUAAAGCUGCUCUUGCCCAAAUAUAAAGAUUUCGAAGAAAAUUGGAGAUUUUAUAGCGAAUUUUCAGCAGAAACAAAUAACCGAAUUCAGGAAUGGAAGAAACGACCUUCAAAGACGAAAACAGUGAAGAAUAUUGUAAUUAUGAGAAAUGUUGUUAUCCAGACUAUUCGGAAAAUUCAGAACAAACUGAACGAAGACUUGAUGAUUCGCAUGCUCGGUAUACCAAGAGAAUUGAUUUAUUGGGUAAUUGAAACUCCAACAGGUUGGGACGAAUGCUUCAGAUCAAAUCUUUUCCCUGAAAUACAAAAGAUUGGAAUUAAAAACACUAUGAUUUCCAUAAUCACUGAGCAACACGCAUCGCUUCACUUCUUUAAAAAUAGUGAAACGAAAGCUGAUGAAAUAUUCUGCAGACCAGGCUUCAUCAAUGUAUACAUUGAAGGACAGAUGUUUUACGUAUCGGAUGUAUUGAACGACAACAAUAACAUAAUAAUUAGAAAGACGAUCGCCUCUCAUCUUCCUUAUCAGUUUCCUGACAUUUUGAGAACAUAUUUUGGUACUAUAGUCUUCAACCUGAUACCACUUGAAGAACUAAGGAACAUGACAAAAGAAUUUGACAAACAAGUGGAAACAUUGCCCAAGCGUGGACCAAAAGAAAUACCUUUGUCAUCAGCGGUAAUCAAAAUAUUCAAUGAAAGUUCAAGCAAACUUAAAAAUUCCACAGGUAGAGGAAAUGAUCACCUCGACGUUCUAUUCGAAAACAAUAUGAUCUUGAUACGAAACACCUACUUUGAGAAAGUUGUCAAAGAAAGAAUUGAAAGAAUUAUACUCAAAGUUGUGGAAAUGGUUGACAACAGACGUGAUAUGCAAGUUAUGAUAAUCGGAGAAAUGUUUAAAUCCUCUUAUAUCCAAUCAUUAAUGACUGAUUUUUGUGGAAACUUAAAAGUCGUGUUUUUUCCUGAACCCAUUUCUUCUAUGACAGGGUCUGUAAUUUCUAUCUUUAAUCAGACGUUCAGGAAUGAAGGCACAGAUGUCAUAUCGUAUGAUUCAGACGAUAAUGAUUCUGACUCCUCAAUUUGAUAUCAGUACACUGUACGUAAUGUAUACUAUUCGAAGAACAUUUACCGCCAGGAAUUCGUAGUUUUUUUUAUAUUACUUCUAGCAGAAAA